AUAUUUUUAUAUUUGACAGUCGUCGACUAACGGUCGCACGUAACACACGCACGUUAAGCGAUCACAUACAUAAUUCCAAUAGUACCUACUUAGUACCCACCUGCAAUGCAGUCUAAGUGUGAUGUGUGUAAAAGAACGAUUACAAAAUCACUACCGGGAUUAGAAUGCAGUAAGUGUGACAGAGUUGUGCAUCUUAACACCAGAUGCAGUGGUCUGACUGGUAAGCAAAUCGCCGCCCUCAAAGCGGCCACCAGCUUAGAGUGGACUUGCCUUGAAUGCCAGCGGGAGUCACCAAGACGCAAUUCAUCAAUCAUUAUGCCGGAAGAAGACGACGAAGACGACAACACACCUGUCCAAAUUGACGCAAAGAAGCUGUUGAGCAACAUCUCCAAGGAAGUUGAAAAGGCGAUUAAAAGCGAAAUGCGUGAACUUAAUGAGGCAUUGCAGUUUCAUAGUGGAAAGCUAGACGAAGUCGUGGAGUGUAUGGACGCAUUUAAACAAACCAUUAAAGUACUCGAAAGGAAAAAUGUGGAGCUAACCAAUAAAAAUAAUAACCUAGAAACUCGUGUUGGAGCCCUCGAGCAAAGGUUACAAGAAAUCGAGCAAGAAAAGCUUACAAAUUCAGUGGAGAUUGCAAAUGUACCAUACCAGAGCAUAGAAGCGGACAGUAAAAUAUUGGAAAAGGUGGCCCUGAAACUCCAACUACCCACUGGAGGUAUAAAAAGCUCACGAAGACUCCAAGGGAAGAAAGAACAACCGCCGAACAUUAGAGUGGAAUUACAAGACGAAUGUACUCAAGAACAAUGGAUUACGGCUGCUAAAAGCAUCAAAACUAUGGUAGUGGACCUUUGCCCCUCCGAGAAAAAUAAUAAGGAUAUAGUUUACAUUAGUGAAGCAAUGACGAAAACCAACAAGACUUUACUGUGGAAGGCUAAGCAAGAACUAAAGAUUAACCAGAAAUUCAAGUACGUAUGGUUUAAAAAAGGAUUCGUAAAGGCACGCAAAGACGACGGUUCAAAAACCUAUAUUUUACGAACAAUGGCGGAUGUAAACGCCCUCAUAAAGAACAAAUCAUAGGCAUUA